AUGGUCUCAAAAGUAUCUUCUCUCCUGAUAUUUGGUAUCUUCCUCUGUGUUCUCCAUUGGUCCGAAUGCCAAAAUUGGAUUGCAUUUAGAAGAAAACACAUUGCUUAUUCUUCAAACAUUAAUUGUACUAAUGUCAUGAAUCGAUACCCAUUCCGCAAACAACAUGGGUGUAAGCAACUGAACACCUUCAUCCAUGCUCCUGCAAAAACAGUGCAAAAUAUUUGCAGAGGUGUCAUGCAACCGACAGACACAACAAGCAUUGCACCUUUCAGGUAUACCACCUGUGUCAACACUUUCCACCAUGGUCAUCAUUGUGUCUACAAGGCUAAAACUGGCAGGCGUGUUAUUUGUGUAACAUGUGAGCGUAGGUCCCCUGUGCACUUUGUUAAAGUAGGCCAAUGCUAA